CAUGCGCGCUUUGCCGAAGUUCCUCGAUCAGUAGCGCAGUAGCGCAGGAGCAAGUAUAGGGUGGAGUUGGUGAGUGUCGAGUUUCUCGUAACAUCUCGCCUCGUCGUCUUAAAAGACGAGUGGCUGGUAACGCCAAAGAGGAUAUUUGUGUCGUGCUUCCGCGUAUACGUGCCCAAAAAAUGUAAUAUGGCGAUGGUCGCGUCGAACAUGAGCGGCCACAUACAGAAGCAGCUCACCCGAAGUCUUGAGCGAAUCCUGGAGGAAGCACACUUGAGCGGUGAACUGAAGCUUAGCGGUCGAAAGCUUAAGGAUUUUCCAAAAGUCGGAAAACCGGGAUCCAGCAAAUACAAUCUUCAGGACACGGUCUUUGCCGAUCUCUCGAAGAAUCGUUUCGCCGAAUUACCGGAAGAGGUGACGGAAUUUCCCUUCCUCGAGAAGCUGCACCUCUACCACAAUGCGAUAAGAAUAAUACCGGAAACCGUGGCGAUGCUUCAGUCACUCAACUACCUCGAUCUUAGUCGGAACCAAUUGACGUCUCUACCUCGGGAGAUAUGCAGGCUACCGUUGCAAACGUUACUCGUCGCUCACAAUAGGUUAGCGUCGUUGCCGGAUGAAUUGGGCAGAAUGUCGGCGCUGGCCGAGCUGGACGCAGGAUGCAACGAAAUCACGAAUCUGCCACCACGGAUGGGCGAUCUCGCCAGGCUUAGGUCACUGGACUUGAGGAGCAACAUGCUCGUGCACCUGCCUAUAGAACUGACGUACCUGAGACUCGUGAAGCUGGAUAUCAGCGGCAACCGCAUAUCCGUGCUUCCGAACGAGAUGAGGAAGAUGAAGAGUCUGGUCGACUUUCGGCUGUCCGACAAUCCUCUGACCUCGCCACCUGCCUCGUUAUGCAUUCGCGGGCGAACGCACAUCUUCAAAUACUUGGAGAGACAGGCGGCGAAACACGAGAGGGCUAGGGGGGGACGGGCGAGGAAAACGCCUCUGGAUGUGAGAGGUCACGCGACAUUGGACACGAGGGCCCAUAGACGGCACAACGUGGACAGCGGUUACAGCACCAGCGACGGCCUCGACAAACGUUGGUCCCAAGAAAUUCACAGCGCGGUGCACGACGGUGAGAUUCGGGGACUCUGGCGACAAGAAUGCUCGCCCCUUUCGAUUACCCUGCCACACGAGAACAGCGUGAACGGAUCCUGCAGCGGAACGUCGACGCCUAGCACCAUCUCACCUGGCGAACACGCGUCUCUCGAGGACGAGCUUGGAAAGGCGAUGAUACUGCACGAUCAGUUGGAAAAGAGGAGACUGGAGAGGAGCACCUCGGAGAACGGCGCCGACGUCAGAAGACCGAUGACCUCUGGCCUCUAUCACGCGUCAAUUACGCCACCCGGUCCUUUAGAAUCCGCUCACCUGAAUCAAACGUCAUCGAUAUCGACGAACACGCAAUCGGUACAACCCAUACAAACGUCCGCCGCGAACUCUACUUCCUUGUUGAACGGGGAUGAAAAGAGGCCGCUGAAUCACAUUCAGACGUACAGAGAGUACAAAGAGGCGUUGAGACAACAGAGGGCCAACGAAGGGCCCAGCGUGUACAGGCCUCGAGAACAGGUAACACCGCCAGGCAACGAAUCGCAGAACAACGAGACCGAUCCGCAGAUGAACAAGGACGCAGUCGGUCUGACCGGCAAGCAAAUCUUCAACGAAGAGAACGCGAACAAGAGACCGGUACAGAAAGUAACUCCCUCGCGUAUCAAUUAUCAAAACACGCCCAUCAUCAAUGGUAGUAAUAACGAGUACAAUAACAAGAACGGCAAGUACUUGGAGCAGCCGUACAAGAAGCCCAGCUCGCCGAUCAAAACUUCCACGAGCAUUCUGUCGUCGAGUACCAGUCCCGGUCACGCGCCUAGACUAGUCAAGACUGCCGUCGGUUACGUGGAUGGUAACAAGAGCCCUAGUAAAAAUGGUGGGAGUCCAAAGUCACCCAGGUCGGUUACUUGGAACAGCAACGUGCCAGAGAAGUACUCGUUCACCAUGAGAAGAGAAUUCGAACGCGCCAAGGAGGAGGCUGAUUUAAUUGAACAGCUUCGAAACCAUAUAGAAACAAGGUUGAAGAUGGCUCUUCCGGAGGACCUCGCCCCCGCGUUAACUGACGGAGUCGUUUUGUGCCAUCUGGCGAAUCAUGUGAGACCUCGAUCGGUAGCAAGUAUCCACGUUCCUUCGCCAGCUGUUCCCAAGUUGACGAUGGCAAGAUGCAGGCGUAACGUGGACAACUUUCUCGAGGCGUGUCGAAAGAUUGGCGUCGAUGAGGAGGUGUUAAUGGACGCGGACGCAAUCAUGGACGUGGGUUACAUGGACGCGUACGGGCUGGAGGCUCUGGCGCGUCUCGUCUCCGCUCUCCUCCUUCUCCGUGACGAAGGAGAGAAAGAUAACGAAGAAUCGGCCCCAGGUUCAUCCCAUACGAUUCAGGAUCGCGUUUUGUCCGCGAUGCUUUUCGCCACAUUCCUAACGUCCCUCGUUCUACUCUAUCUAUUCCCCGUUCCCGAUUGAAAUGAGCGACCAAGACGAGAACGCACCAGAGUGCGAUACGAUGGGGACGAACGACGCUCGCAACAGAAAAAACACCAUCGAAGAUCAGAUAACCACGAUAUACGAGGAUCGAUCAAAUAUCAAUUCAGAUGUAGUAUCCAUUAACAUCUAUGCAUUUUACCAUUGAAUCGUGGAUUUAACGAGGGCGUAGAAAUUCCAUUUCAUCAAAAUUAUUCCGAGGUUUCGUUUAUAUUUGAUCGAUCCUCCUACUCGAACAGCACGUAUUCUCUCAUCUGCCGAUUAGCGUUCGAUCACUGAUCGGUGAUGCUGGCCGAGUCGUCGAGUCGCUCGAUUGAAAAAUAGAAAACUGCGCGACGCUCUUCUCGCGCUCUCGUACGCUAUUUAGUACUUCUAGAGCGGCACGAUAUUUUUUACAAAGUUCCUUUUGUUUUUUCCUUUCCGCUCGCCUUCUGCUUUGUCGAGUGUCGCGCAGCGUCGUGCCAUUCGUGCUGAGAAUCAUCGAGUCGUUUUUGAGUAAAUCUUAAAAGACACGGUUUCUUUUUUAUUUAAGUAAUUCAGCAAGUCAUUCAGACGGGGCUUCAUUGAGCUAACGCAGUUUUGUUUAGACUUUUUUCUUUCCAGAAAAAUAUAUCGUUUCGUACCCUUAAGAUAAACUCGAUGAUCGUUCGCAUCGAGUUAAUCGUUAUCAAAAGCAUCUGAAUAGUUCCUUUUCAUUUGUAUUCCUUCGUUGGAAAAAUGAAGAUACUUUGGAAUUUAUUUAACCCCUUCGAUAAGCGUUUCUUCGUAAGCUACAGAGCUUUGCUUAUACACUCGCGUGCAUAGAUGAUUGCGUUUAAUUAAAAAAACAGGGGAAGAAGAUGGUUCGGUUGAAUUGCAGUUUCCCGGGUAAUUGAUCUCGAUUAUUUUAUCGGAUAAAUCAAGGUCGGAGAAGACGAUAGGAAGUGUCCCGAGGUCGAUAUCACGUGGCGUUACAAAGUUAUGGCCAUUUUAAAAAAUCACAAUUUUUUUAAAAUUUUUCGAUAAUUUUGAAUCCAAAAAAUAACCUAACCUAACCUAACCCAACUUAUCAGCUAGAAUAGCUAGCCUUUUAAUUAGCUUAGCUUAGUUCUCCGCAGCUAGAAAAGCUAGUCUAACUUAGCUUAGCUUAGUUCUCUUCAGCUAGAGUUUCUAAUUUAGAUUAGCUUAGUUUUCCUCAGCUAGAAAAGCUAGUCUAACUUAGCUUAGCUUAGUUCUCUUCAGCUAGCAUAGUUAGUGUCUAACUUAGCUUAGUUCUCCUCAGCUAGAACAGUUAGUCUCUGCCUUAGCUUAGCUCUUCUCUUAGAGAAUAGAUAGCUUCUCCUUAAGUUAGCUCAGCUUAAAUUGAUAGAAUAGAUUAGUUUCUUCUCGAGUGAGAGUUAGCUAGAUACUGCCUAUUCAUUUGACGCAAUGGCGCAAAAAUGUUUCAAAUUUUUGGAAAAUUGUGAUUUUCUAAAACAGCCAUAACUUUGUAACGCCAUGUGACAUCGACCUCGGGACACUUCCUAUCGUCUUCUCCGUACUUGAUUUAUCCGAUAAAAUAGUCGAGAUCAAUUACCCGAGAAACUGCAAUCUAACCGAUGGUUCCUCAAAGAAAAGUCAUCUAUGCACAACGAUUUGAUUAGAACAAGGCUGUAGCUUUAUAACAGGGUUGUUCGUUUCUCUGGCUCUAUAUUUAUAGCGCUUCUAGGUUUCUCUUUUCGCGCGGUAGCCCGAAAGAAACGCUUAAAAGCCAGCGAACAAAAGUAUUCGUAUAGUGUUUAAGAAGUAUCAGAAGGCAGCUUGGUCGUACAUUUUAGUCCGCUUAGUCCGUAGGAAUCGCUACGUAGUUUGUCAUGUAAGUAAUUCCGUUCUUUUUCUCUGUUUUUCUAUCGUAUUUAUCCGAGAACUCGAGGAAACUUAGCUCGCCUCGAGUUUCCGAUUGUUCUCGCGCGACGCAAGAGAACGCGAAAUCAAAUAGGCGUAAUCAAAGCACGCUCGCAUAUCAAAAAUCGAAUCGCCUGUGUAUUGUACGUACUUUGAAUCGUUCGUUCGAAUCGCUAAAUAGUUAUGAUCGAAGCGAAUCUGUCGAAGAAAUAGUAUUUUACUACCGCAAAUGGAUGGUGGUUGAAAGUCGAGAUAGUUGGUGUCCAAUAUUCGUACGAGAAAGUACACUGCCAUUAUUCUCAAGUACUGUCUUUAAGUUAAACGAAAAUUUCUUAACAGGGAUACUAAUUCGACAGAGUAUAGGAUAUUCUUUUUUUCUUAAUUCAAUUUUGUUAUUUCGAAUUUUCUCGACUAGUAUUGAGGCAUCAUCUAGUGUCGUAGAUGGCGGAGUUCAAAACGAGAUAAAAACAAAAUGAGAAAAUGAAUCAUCGUGUAAUACCUCGGAUGGGUAGUAUUUUUUUAACGUUCGACCAAUGAAAAUCGCCUACGGCUCUUUCAGGAUUGAUGGGUCUGUGAUAGGUAGCCUUCGAGUACUUACAGGAUUCGCAAACAAGGUGCUAGAAAUCUCUUUCGUUUCAAAGAUUUCCUAUUUUGGUACGUAGCUAUCGAACACGCACAUUCGAACAUCAAAGAGAACCUCGAUUCGUAUACAAAUACCUGUAUGAAAUUUCUUUUUCCUGUUCACGAGUUCUCACAAACAGUAUUGCGUGUCCCUUCCUGACGAAACUGCGGCAGACGAUCAAACGAAUUUUCUUUUUCCCUUUUCUCUGUCUCUCUUUCUAUAUCUCUCUAUUUCUUGUACAAGAAAAAUAAUAGUUUUCGUUAGGAGGGAACGAACACAUAAAACGAGAGCACUGAUACUUCACCGACCAAGCAAUUCGGUCGUAGCCUAAGAUAAUCUACAUAUUUUCGUAUAAUCGCGAUUCGAGAAGGAAACGCGUGUACUAAACCCGCGUUGUAUCGUUUAGAACUUAACUUAUUCUACGCAUGUAUAUUCGUACGAUUUAAGGAUCAUUGCCUACAUGAUAAGGAUUCGAGGAGGAACCGAUUUUCGCUUCCAAAUUUCGCUCCACAUUUAAACACGACAGACUUUAAGAUUCUUCCAUAAAUUCGUGGUAUUUUCAUAUCGAUCGCUCGGUUAAAUUUCUCUUCUCCGAAACUGUGCACGAAUUUAUGGGACCGUCUAAUAUUUUCUCCAUGACAGUUCGGACGGUGCCAAACACGUCGCACAUCGGAUCGUUCUUCUAGCAACAACCAUUUAGAAAAGAUGUAGCGAACGUGGCCAAAAUAUACAAUCUCCUGAAUUGAUUGAAAACGCACAAAGGAAUUUUCACGGGAUUCUAUCGCUAUCGGUCUACAAUAGUUGCAUAGAAAUUUUUCUUCUAUAUACAAUAUAACACAAUGUUGAUUCUUUUUAUAAAAAAGUUACUUUCACUCGUAACACAACCAACGAACACAAAUGGCUAUACUCACGAGUACAAUAACGCGGAAAGAUUGAAAAGAAUGCAAGGUGAAUAUUCUCACUUCCAAGAACUUCAGUUCAUUAGAUUUCAUUGUUGCAUUCGAUCCGCGGCGAAAGGUUGAUUAAUUUCUAGUCCUCGUAAGGUUUAAGAUCUUCUAGUCAACUGGAAUUGUUUUCUCUUACCUUAUUCUCUCCACUAAUUUAUUACAACGCAUUUCGUGUACGACAGUGACUUAAUUUUUCGCUUCUCUGUAAUUACUCUUCCGUCUUGACGACGAUAAUUCGUUUGUCGUAUCAACAUCGUACCAUAAGUAUCUCUGACAAGUCUGAAAGACACUGAAACGUCGCGACGAUCGGGUCAGUAUUAUUUUCUAUUACGAUCGUGCAAGACGUCUGGUCUAAUUAACCCCUUGCCUUACGAUUUUCAAUACGUUUAAUUGGAGUCUUAAUGAAAACUUGGCUAUUCCAUAGGUACAGUUUGAUUUGGGGCGAUAAUUUGAGACACGAUGUUAUAAGGCAACGGGUUCGUCGCAACCGUAAAGACUGUACUUUUGUUUUAUUAAUUUAUCUUCUUGUUCUAAUGUCUUCUUGUGCUCUGCCGCAGCGUUUUUCUUAUUAUUUUACCGGUUAUCUCUUCCAUAAUAAACUGCGUUCAUUAACACCUCGAUUGUCAAAGUGAAAAGGAACAUGUGUAGUCAGACACACUGAAAUUCUAAUUCAUGGCAAUCGGUGUGUUAAAAGACGCAGGUAUGAAGAAACCGAACAUCAGAUCAUUCCGUUCUGUUUAGCUUAUGUAAUUGUAUAAUUUUUUUAACUAACAUGAAAAGAAAGAGAAAAAGCGUAUAUAUAUAUAAAAAUAGGUAUAUAUA